AUGAUUCGUUGUGUGGUGCCACGAUCUGCUGGAAAUGCUCUGCAGCGAGCGAGAUUCUUUGGAAGUGGUCUCGUAGCCCGGAAAGCCGUUGCCUUUGACAUGCCGGCGAUGUCACCGACCAUGACAGAAGGCGGAAUCGUGCAGUGGCAGGUAAAACAGGGCGAUUCGUAUGCUGCUGGUGAUGUUCUGCUCGAAAUUGAGACCGACAAGGCCCAGAUUGCGGUGGAGGCCCAAGAUGACGGUGUCAUGGCGAAGAUUCUUGUCCAGGAUGGCGCCAAAGAAAUCAAGGUGGGAACCCCAAUUGCCGUUCUUGCUGACCCCGGCGACGAUAUUGCCAGCAUUGAUUUCGACUCAGUGGUUUCCUCAGCCGAGCCGGCGACUAAUACCACAUCGGAACAACCGGAGAAACCCGUGCAGCCCACCUCCUCACCAGAGCCUGAACCUGCAGCCAGAUCUACACCGGUUGAGGUUCCUGAAAACAUGGUGUUGCUGCCAUCUGUGUACCGACUUGUCCAUCAACUCGAAGUGGAUAUUUCCAAAAUUAAAGGAACUGGUCCUGAGGGCCGAAUUCUCAAGGGAGACGUUUUAGCGGCCGCCGGAAAAAUCUCUUCUUCGUGGCCCGCAGAGGAGGCCAAAAUAAUUGAAAAGCGCACACACUUGGACCUCAGCUACGAGCCUGCACCCAAGAAAGAGGCCACAAAGCCCAAGGAGCUCCCCAAGCCCGUUAUCACUCAAACCAUCAUAGACCUUGCCGCUUUGCUUGAGUUCUCUGUUGAUCAGGGAUUCAAUCUUGAUCAGACUAUUUCCAAAGCUUCCAGACUGGCUACUCGUGAUGCGUUGCUUGCUUCUAAACCGAAACCCUCGGUGUUGCGCGACAGGAUCUUUGACUCUCUAACCGCCCCGAAACCCGCAGUGCCGUUUGAUGUGACCCUGAAAGUUCUGAAGAAGAAGGCAUCGCCAAAGGCCUUGCAAGCAAUGGUCUCCGUUCCACCUCAAUUUUUGAAUCGUGGCCAGAAAAUGGGUGACAUUUACUUGGACCGUUUGGCAUUUUACCUGAAUGCCAAAUAG